ACCCUGACCCGUACAGCGGGCACACCCUCAUCCCGGUGCAGAUCUGACACUGGGAUUAUCUCUGCUUGUGGUGAGAAUCAACACCGCGCACAGUAGGCGGUGUCAGUCCGGAGAACUACGUCCUUCUGAGCUCACUUCCGCCGGCUUCAAUCUGAUUUCUUUGCACUGCUUUUGUUCUCCCAUUUCCAUCCUGCCAGCGCUCGUGGAGGGAGGACUCUACUAUCCGGAGCUGGAAUCACUAGGCGCUGAGUCGCGGACCUCUCCGUCGCAGAAACGCCCGGAAGCUGCAGAGAGGUGCUGCUGCCUGCUGAGAGGACACACGCGCUGCUGCUCCACGGUUACGUAACCGAAUUACUUUUUCAUUCUGUUGCCGGUUGUUAUCACCGAACUGACUUCAUCCAAAACUCAAAAUGGAGAACGACGAGAAAUACCUCCCCGAGCUGCUCGCGGAGAAGGACAGCCUGGAUUCUUCAUUCACACACGCCAUGAAACUUUUAAACACAGAAAUCGAAAGAAUCCAGAAAGGCGAGACUAAAAAGGAAGCAGAAGAAUACCUGGAUCUGUUCACGACAAAGAACAUCAAACUUAAAGAGCGAGUCCUCAUACCUGUCAAACAGUACCCAAAGUUCAAUUUUGUGGGGAAGAUUCUGGGACCUCAGGGUAAUACAAUCAAACGUCUGCAGGAAGAGACCGGAGCGAAGAUCUCUGUGCUGGGCAAAGGAUCCAUGAGAGACAAAUCCAAGGAAGAAGGGCUGAGGAAAGGCGGGGAGCCCAAGUACGCCCACCUAUCCAUGGAGCUGCAUGUUUUCAUCGAGGUGUUCGCCCCGGUGCCCGAUGCCUACCUGCGCAUGGCCCACGCUAUGGAGGAGGUCAAGAAGUUCCUUUUCCCUGAUAUGAUGGAUGAUAUUUGUCAAGAGCAGUUUAUGGAGAUGAGCUACCUGAACGGAGGCCAGGACCACGGAGCCCGAGGCCGAGGGGGCCUGCCAGUCAGGGGUCGAGGAGUCCCUCCUUCUGGCACUCACAGGGGUAGGGGGAUGCCUCCUCGGGGAGGGGUGAGUCGCGGCGGCCCAGGCAGAGGUGGGGCACUGAGGGGUGCUCCAGCAGGCCGAGGAGGACCUCCUGCAGUGCCUGCCAGGGGAGCCGUGGCAGCCCGUGCCAGGCCCCCUGCCAGCGGACCCCCCCAGAGAAUGGCACAUCCACCCCCCCACCAGCACGCCCCUGCUGCAGCCGGGGAGAGCUAUGAGGAAUAUGGCUACGAUGAGAGCUACACAGACACGGCAUACGAGUCAUACGACAGCUAUUACAGUCAGCCGCAGGCAGAGCCUGAAUACUACGACUACGGACACGGAGAGACAACAGAGUCGUACGAGUCAUACGGCCAGGACGACUGGAACGGGACCCAGCGAGCAGCUCCAGGGAAGGCCCCUCCCAACUCCAGAGGUGCCAAGACGCCUUAUCGGGAGCACCCAUACAGACAGUACUAAAGCGGACUCACCACUCUUAAUGUGUCGCCCUGACUACCGCCUGUGUACCAUGGCAGCUCUCGCUUUAAGCAGCCCCGACAAAAGUAAUUUUCCGUUUAGUCUUUGGUUUGGUCUUUCCUACACUGGACUUUCUAUGAAAAAGCAAAUUGGGAACUGAGAAUCAGAACUGUUUUUACUUUUGAGAUUUGAUCACAAACACCUUCCCCCACCUCUACUUUGUCAUUCCAACCAACCACCUAUCCAACCAGCCACCAUUCCUUCCAACCAAAGCGGCUUUUAGAUGGGUUAGAGAGAAGUUGGCGUCCUUACUUUGUACAUUUUGAUUUGAGGUUUUGAUUCUUUUGCUGUAUUUUUUCUCUUCCCCCUUUAACCCCACUGGCUUUUUUGCAAUGUUUAUCCUUAACUUUCCAACUGUUCAGGAGUAGUCACUUCUAGCAGAGUUAGGGGCUUAUUAUACACCUGUCUAAGGAACUCAUUAUAAAUGUUUUUAAAUAAAAAGAUUCUGUUGAGGGUCAGUUGCAGAUUCCCAUUUAGGCUACAUUUCAAAAUUCUGUUAAUAUAGUCAAAUAAAAUACCUUUUUAAACUUUCAAUUAUGUAAUGUAGUAACAAAAAUCCCUAUCUUAAAUUAAGUGAUGGUUAAGAAUCAAUGUUAAUGGAAUCAGUACAAUUCUUUCUUGAUGAUGGUUUGUUUUAAAUAGCUCUAAAACGUUGUCCAUUUAGCCUCAGGCAGCAAUAUUUGUCAUUGUACUUAGAGUUUUGAAAUAUAGCCCUAAUAGACACUGUUGAGAUGGACUGUCCUCAUAUCCUCAAUUCGUUUUACAUGUUAAAAAUUAAUUCUAAAACUCUGAAGACACAGUGUUUGUUUGGUGACAACAUGGCCAACACAUGGCUUACUGUUAUGCAAAACCCCGUCCAGGUCUUCAUUUGUGAUCUGAACCUCUGUAAAGUGCAUGCACUGAAGGAUUGGGACAGAAAUCUCCACAUGGGUCUUCUCUUGUGCUAGAGAGAAGGGAUCCUGCAGCUCAAUCUGAACUCUUGUACAUAUUUUAAAACAAAUUAACUGUACUUACUCUGCCACUAGUAUCUGUACCCUCUCCAUAAAACACAUUAUGCUACAUGUGUAAGCUUGCCUAAAUAGGUUACUAAAUCUGUCCAAAAGAUGUUUUGCAGCAGUUUGUCAAUAAAGCUUAGUUUGUUUUUAAGAAAUUUAACUUGCUUUAUUUUGUUUCCUGUCCUAGUCAAAUUUUGAAAUGGCUUUUUCAAAAAACCCCUCCAGCAGUCAGAUGUAGCUGUUUUCAUUUGUUUCUCAUUCAAAACCGCAUUUUAAAUCUAAAUGAAUGUAUUGACGUCUGACAACUUUAACCCCAAAUGAUGUCUUGAUUGAUUAUCAAAAGAGCACAACUUAUUCUUUCUCUCUCUUUCUAUACUUUUUAAAAAGGACCCAGAGGUAAGACCUCUAAAAUAACCUGGAUAGCUUCCUAAUGUGUAUAGAGUUCUAAAGCAUUGAUUGCCUGGGUAUGUAUAAGACUUUUUCAAUCCUAUUACCUGUGGUCGUAACCGUUAAUGAGAAUUGCUUUUACAGCAUCUGAAAAUUAACUGAAUUCAAACCACCAUUCAGGUCUAGGCUUCAUUGUCAUGAAAGACCCUGGCGCGAUGGCUACUUUAGUACAGAGUAAUGGCAGUGCAAUGGAGAGGAUGGUUAUAACCUAGAGAACUCCACUGUAAAGGUAACCUAACCCUAAAUGUUUAAUUUGGUAGUGUGUUUAUCCUUUGACAUAAACUUGCUGGUAAAUGCGUACAGUUUCUUAAAAUAUCAUUCAAGUCAUGGCAACAACAAAAAAAGAACCGACUCAAAAGUAAGACAAACGUAUUGUCCAAUACAUCAUACAGUAGUGGAUUUUAUAUACCAAAAUAUAUGUAUACUAACAAAAUCUAUUAGAAUAGCUUUAAUGCAACUCUUGCUAAAAUGAACAAAGUCAAAUCUAUGUCAACUCUUCUAUACAUUUGAGCUGCAGUUACUUUUUAUUUGCUGUGUAAAGGUUGCUUACUGUAAUUUUUAAAGGUUCUACCUGAUCAGACUUAUUCCAAAUACAAAGCUUGAGUUGCAUGAGCAUAUCUUCUCCUGUAGAGAUUGCAUGGUCUCUGUCUCAAGUUUCUCCUGUGUUUUAAGACGGGGUAUUGAUUUUGUGCUUGUCCUUCCUCUAGGCACAGCAAUUGGUCACUGAGUGCCCCAGAGACUGACAGUCUACAGGAGACAGUCCACAGAGAUCUCAGUGAAGCCGUACACAGAGGCAGCUCAGCAUGAAGACGGUGGUCAAGCCAAGCUCUCACGGGGCUGCCCUAUUAUGUUCCUGGCUGGGAGGGGUUGUGGUGGCUGGCUGCCAGGCGACCCACAGUAGCCUGUUGAUGUUGAGCGGAGCUGGCUCAGACUCCCUCUGGAACACAGCUCAGAUUGUGAGUGGUCGGUGAAGAUGCUGAGUUUGCUUUGAAUCCAGAAUAAUGAGAGACUGAACAGUUCUCUGUGUCAUUGACCCUGUUUUUGAUAUUGAUAUGUGUCUUUAUUCAUAUUGAAUUUAACAUGCAUUAUCUCUCUGUAAUGAUGGUCACAUGAAGCCUCUGAACUCAGCUCCUACAGAUCAGCUACUCUUCUAUUGUUUCAGCCUAAUCAGCUGUCAAUCAAUCAAUCAAUCAAUCAAUCAAUCAAUCAAUCAAUCAAUCAAUCAAUCAAUCAAUCAAUCAAUCAAUCUUUAUUUGUAUAGCACCUCAUGUCUCAACAAACGUUAUCUCAAGACUCUUUUACAAACAGAGCAGGUCUAGACCACUCUAUGUCAAAUUAUGAACAGAGACCCAACACCAAGACAGGAUAAGACUCAGUCUGACCCCACCUUAAUCCACCAUGAGCAUUGCACCUCACAGUAUUUAGCUAGUUACAGUGGAGAGGAAAAACUUCCUUUAACAGGCAGAAACCUCGAGCAGAACCAGACUCAUGUUAGACAGACAUCUGCCUCGACCGAGUUGGGUCUGGAAAGAGGGAUAGAGGAGAAUGAGAGAGAGAGGGAGCGGUGAUAGUGAUGAGACAAGUAGUUGUAGCUGUUGCCGCUGGAGUCCAGCACGUCCGUAUCAGCUGGAGUCUGGAUCGUCCACAGCAGGAGGACGUCUACGGCAGCUCAGAGGAACCUACGAGACAAGGGAGCUCAGGGACUCCAGAAAGGUCUAUGGUUAGUAACUUUAAUGGGACAGGCAGAGUUAAAGUAAGUGAUGAGGGGGUUGAGGGGAAGGGGGUGAGAUAGGAUCCCAGUGUGUCAGUGUGCCAGUUCCCCCCGGCAGUCUAAGCCUAUAGCAGCAUAACUAAGAGCUGGUCCAAGCCUGAUCCAACUCUAACUAUAAGCUUUAUCAAAAAGGAAGGCACCCGUGUUUUAUUAGGCUGUAAACUUGUUUUCCAUUUCUAUUAACUGCAGAAUGAGACAAGAAAAGAAGUUAAAGCUCUCGUUCUAAAGUCAUGAUGUGACAUUUGCGUUUAGUAGAUAGCUUCGUAUCACUCUAGCUGCGUGUUGGGCACUCCCCAUUACUUAUUGCUGCGUGAAAUUUGACUCAGUGUGCAAGAGUUAAAGAUGCCCGCAGAGUGUGGAUGGCUAUCUCUUCGCAGACGGGUUCACCACAAGCUCACACACACACACACACACACACACACACACACACACACACACACACACACACACACACACACACACACGCACUCUGCCACAUCUUGGCAUUGCAUGGCCUGUGUAGCCCUGAGGAUAUCAAAUGCUAAUUCAGUGGCCUAUUUGCAUGUACUCACAUGUACCCUCCCCACAAAUGUGCAACACUUUCAUAAGCAACACUGGCCUGGAUGCUACGUCUCAGCAUCCAAGUAUGAUAAUUCAGUGAGAUGGGCCCAGGAGGAGAGCUGCAUGUGAGAAAGGGACAGAGGGUGAAGACAGACAUUACUACUUCCCCCAUCUAUCCAUCAUGCCUCUGUUGAUUUGAUUCCCCUUUAUGCCAUUUUCUGCCAUUACGGCUGCUGAUAUUACAGCCGCCUGUGGUGCAGAGUUACAUUUAGAGGUCAGAACUAUACUUUCCUGUAUUAAAAACACAUUUCUCUUCCCCAAUUCACUGGUCAGAAGCAGCAUUACCCGAGUCAGAGGCUCCAUUUAGUUUAUUGAAAAAGCUUGCAGCAUUGAAGGGGAGAACAUUAGAUAUUAGGGCAGAAACCUUCAUCUCAGAUGAAAUGUCAAGGGGCCAUAUCCAAAACAGAUAAUUUUUCAGUCUUUAUGAGCUAUUAUGUCUAAAAUAAUGAUUUUUGUGUCUCCUGUAAUCUAAUGAAAGAUAAGUGAUGGUGUGAAAGCCAUCUCCUCUGGUUUAAUCGAUGAACUGUCAAGAGUGUACGGAUGGAAAGAAAGUAAAUGUUACUGUGCUAUGAUCAAUAAAAGUAGACUUGAAUUUAAGCAA